UGUUGAGUGGGAAGGAACGUUUCGUCGAGAGCCCCAGCAGAGGGGUGAUUCCGGUUCUGGAGGGAGUGUGAGCGAGAGUUUUGAAGCAGUAUGUUCGUCAGCAUCAUCUGGCAGUAUUGAGGAUACAGAUCAAGAGAUGCAGAUAGUGGAAGAGCUUCACGCAGCACGUGUGGGGCACAUGAUAGAUUUACCUGUGGCGCCGCCUGCGGGAGAGUUGAUGAGUAUGGACAUUGACCUGGUGGAAGACGACGCCCGUUCUACUGCCGCAAAUACUGCUUCGGACAGAAAACUGUUGAUUGUUGUGGAUACAAAUAUUUUGAUGAAUCAUCUCAAAUUUGUUAGAAUUUUGAGUACAACAGAAAUACCAGGCUUUGACAGCCUUAUCUUAAUAAUCCCCUGGGUGGUUGUGCAAGAGCUGGAUCGCAUGAAAGAGGGAAAGCUGCUGAAGCAUGCACAGGCCAAGGCUGUCCCCGCAGUGCACUUCAUCCACGACAGUCUCAGAAGUAAGGAUCGGAAGCUGUGGGGUCAGUCGCUGCAGCUCGCGUCCCAGAGACUUUAUGGAUUGCGAGAUGAGAACAAUGAUGACCGCGUGUUGAAAUGCUGUCUUCAGUACCAGGAACUGUUCCCGUGUUCUCUUGUUACUCUGUGCACGGAUGAUAGAAAUUUGAGAAACAAAGGCCUCAUAAGCGGUGUGAAGUCCCUGAGCAAAGAAGAGUUGAGUGCAGAGUUGCUGAGCUUGUCUCAGAACGCGGAAGUGUGUCAUCAGCUGCUUAUUGCUAAGCAGCAGGGGAGCGCAGCAGAAGCAACACUGUUGGAAAAAAGCUCUGAGAAGGAACCUGCGGCUUCAGGGUUGUCCAUUCUGCUUGAAAGUAUUGUGUCUGAUCUGGAAAAGUCUCUUGGAGCAGCUUUGUCUUCAAUUUUAGAAACAGAAAUGAAGAUCGCGUUUGGAACCCUCUGGAUGGAGAUACUGUACGUGAAACCACCAUGGACUCUAAUACAUUUAUUACGAUGCUUUAAAAAACAUUGGUUGGCUGUAUUUGGAUUAAUUAUGGAAAAGAAUUUGCUUGUAACUAUUGAGAGCAUAUACGAAAAUCUCUGUAAAGCUAAUAAUUCCAUGGAUUUUACAACGGUGAGGUUCCUGCUUCAGGAUUCUAAGAGUUUGUUACAUGCUUUCAGUACAAGGUCAGAUUAUCAUGGUGUCCUUCCACAGGCGUUUGCUCAAGUAAGCAGGCUGCUCCAGACACUUGCUGAGGUGAAAACAAAAGUGAAGCCAAGUUCUUCAGAAAGCACGGUGAAUGGAAAGCAGGAAGAUGCUUGCUUGAUGAAGUCUCAUCACCAAGAAAGCACUGUGUUCUCAGGGUCUCAUGUUCCCCAACCCAGCAGGCAUCAAGAAAUCUGGGCUAUUCUAGAGAAUGUUUGGAUUUCAAUAUGUCAGAACAGCACAGAUGUGUUUCAAAGAUUGGGCACAAAUUCAGCUCUGAGUACUUCAUCUGUAGCAUCGUUAGAAGAAGCAUUUCUUUAUCUUCAGAAGUUAAUGGCAGCUGUGAAGGACAUUCUUGAAGGAAUUCAGAGGAUUUUAGCCCCUGACAGUAAUUAUCAAGAUGUUGAGACCCUCUUUAACUUCCUAAUCAAGUAUGAGGUAAAUAAAAAUGUGAGAUUUACUGUUGAGGAGCUGCGUGACUGUCUCUCUCAGACCGAGUACCGGGAAAAGUUAGCCAUUGGACACCGCCAGCUGCUUGAGAUGGCGCACACCAUGCAGCAGUGCAGCGCGUCUGUGUACAUGGAGGCCAGACACAGGGGCUGGUGUGAGGGACUGCGAGCCCAGCCGUAG